AUGCGCCUUCUGGAACGCAAUGAUACCGGCGAUUUUAGUUUGACGGAUGACAUUCCCGACGACCAGGUCCCACCGUAUGCAAUACUUUCGCACACCUGGGGCGACGAAGAGAUUAUCUUUAAGGAUAUUAAGGACGGUAUAUGCAAGAAGAAAAGAGGCUACUCCAAGAUCCAGUUUUGCGGAGAUCAAGCCGGACGCGAUGGGCUGAAAUUCUUCUGGGUCGACACAUGCUGCAUCGACAAAUCCGAUAGCACCGAAGUUCAGCGCGCCCUUAACUCCAUGUUUCAGUGGUACCGCAAUGCAGCUAAAUGCUAUGUCUAUCUCACAGACGUCUCAACCUGCCAGCAGGAUACCGACGGCAACUUUGGCUGGUGGGAAUUGACCUUUCGAAAAUCCAGGUGGUUCACUCGUGGAUGGACCCUACAAGAGCUCAUUGCUCCAGUAAUUGUAGAAUUCUUCUCCAAAGAGGGCGAGCGUCUAGGAGAUAAAAAGUCUUUGGAACAACAAAUCCACGAUAUAACCGAAAUUCCCCUAGAGGCUCUCCCAGGCAAUACAUUAUCCGACUUCAGCAUCGAAGAGCGUCUGUCGUGGGUCGGAAAGCGUAACACUACACAAAAAGAAGAUAAGGCGUACUCGCUAUUCGGCAUCUUUGAUAUAACAAUGCCGCUUCUGUAUGGCGAAGGAGAAGAUAGAGCAUUUGGGCGGCUGCGAGAGGAAAUCAGUAAGCAUGAUCGCUGUCUGUCCAGUCUGCAUUCUACCGACCCGCGCCUUGAUAAGAAGCGCAUCGAGGAGGCAAAAGGUGGGUUGCUUACUGGCGCUUACCGCUGGGUUUUCGCCAACCCCGACUUCUGUCUAUGGCGUGAACGGUCGGAGAGCCGCUUACUCUGGAUCAAUGGAGAUCCCGGCAAAGGCAAGACCAUGUUACUCUGCGGCAUCAUCAACGAGCUACAGGGAGCCAUUGUUGCAGACGGGCAUUGUCGUAAUCUGGCCUACUUCUUCUGCCAAGCUACCGACUCCCGCAUCAAUAACGCCAUUGCCGUGUUACGUGGCCUGAUCUACCUUCUUGCCCACCAGCAGCCACGUCUCAUCUCCCACGUGCGCAAAUACACCGACGCUGGUAAAUCCCUCUCCGAUGCAAAUGCGUGGUUUGCCCUCUCGGACAUUUUAGUGGGGAUGCUAGGAGAUCCGAACGUGAAGCCAACCUGUUUAGUCGUCGAUGCCCUAGACGAAUGUGUUAUCGACCUACCGAAGCUUUUAGACUUUAUCGUCUGUAUCUCAUCCGAUCGGAUAAAAUGGCUCUUAACAAGCCGGAACGAGACGAUCAUCGAGAAGAAAUUGAAAUCUAACAAUGCGCGAACAAGGCUUAGUCUUGAGCUGAAGGAAAAUGCGAUGGAGGUGUCUCAUGCCGUCGAUGUGUACAUCGACGAUAAACUAUCUGGGUUGGAAGCACUUCAGGACGACGCCCUGCUAAAGGAUCAAGUACGGGAUAUUCUACACAACAAGGCAAACGACACGUUCCUCUGGGUCGCCCUCGUCGUGCAGGAACUCAGCAUGGAUGGGGUUGAGAGCUGGCAUGUUCUGCAGAUUGUCGAAGAAGUGCCACCGGGGCUGGAUGGGAUGUACAAGCGCAUGCUGGAUGAGAUCGAGCGGAAUAAACGGGACUCGGAAUUCUGUUGGCGCAUUCUCUCGGUGGUGACGGUAGCAUACCGCCCACUUUACUUGGACGAAAUAGGCGGCUUGUCUGGAUUACCGGAACAGAUUGUCAGGUCGACGGAAAAUAUUCAGAAGAUCGUGGCCAAGUGCGGAUCCUUUCUCACGGUUCGAGAUAACCAGAUCUACCUCGUUCAUCAAUCAGCCAAGGACUACUUAAGUGAUCAAGCCUCCCCAUUACUUUUCCCCAGUGGUGUGGCUGUGACCCACCAUGACAUAUCGGAUCGGUCACUAAAGCUUCUCUCAGGCAAGUUGCAACGCGAUAGAUACGGCUUAUGUAUACCAGGAUUUUCUAUCGACCACGUCCGAGUGCCGGACCCGGACCCUCUUGCGACAGUGCGGUACUCGUGCGUUUACUGGGUUGAUCAUCUCUGUAACUGGCAGUCGAGCGACGAUAGCAAGCACCCAAAUAUUUUCCAAGAUGGUGGUAUCGUCGAUAGCUUUCUGAGGCAGCACUACCUCCACUGGCUUGAAGCACUUUCACUUUGUAAGAGCAUGCCGCAGGGGAUACUUUUAUUGGUAAAGCUCGAAAGCAUUCUUCAGCAUAAGUCGAUUACGUCUCAAUUACUAAGCCUUGUCACUGACAUGCACCGAUUCGUUAUAUACUGGAGAUGGGUUGUUGAGAAUUAUCCUCUUCAGGUAUACGCUUCAGCACUUGUGUUUAGCCCCGCCCGAAGUAUAACAAGAGGCCUAUUUACGCAGGAAGAACGGAAGUGGAUUACUUCGAGGCCAAUUGUAGAGGAUAACUGGAAUGCGUGCCGGCAGACGCUCGAGGGCCAUAGCGGUUCGGUCAACUCGGUAGCGUUCUCGCCCGAUUCGAAGUGGGUUGCGUCAGGAUCAGACGACCAUACCAUCAAGAUCUGGGAGGCGGCCACGGGGUCAUGUACGCAGACGCUCGAGGGCCAUGGCGGUUGGGUCCUGUCGGUAGCGUUCUCGCCCGAUUCGAAGUGGGUUGCGUCAGGAUCAGCCGACAGUACCAUCAAGAUCUGGGAGGCGGCCACGGGGUCAUGUACGCAGACGCUCGAGGGCCAUGGCGGUUGGGUCAACUCGGUAGCGUUCUCGCCCGAUUCGAAGUGGGUUGCGUCAGGAUCAGACGACCAUACCAUCAAGAUCUGGGAGGCGGCCACGGGGUCAUGUACGCAGACGCUCGAGGGCCAUGGCGGUCCGGUCAACUCGGUAACGUUCUCGCCCGAUUCGAAGUGGGUUGCGUCAGGAUCAGACGACCAUACCAUCAAGAUCUGGGAGGCGGCCACGGGGUCAUGUACGCAGACGCUCGAGGGCCAUGGCGGUUGGGUCUACUCGGUAGCGUUCUCGCCCGAUUCGAAGUGGGUUGCGUCAGGAUCAGCCGACAGUACCAUCAAGAUCUGGGAGGCGGCCACGGGGUCAUGUACGCAGACGCUCGAGGGCCAUGGCGGUUCUGUGAAAUCGGUAGCGUCUUCCCUUGAUUCGAAGCUGAUUGCAUCUGGAUCUAACGAUACCAACCCCCCACAUUACCAACGCUAUGGAAUAGACAUGAGCAAGAGAUGGAUUACGAAGGGUUCAGAAAAUUGGCUAUGGCUGCCUCUGGAAUAUCAGUCACAAUGUUUCGCUGCAGCGGCAUCAACAAUUGCUAUUUGCUGUUCUUCGGGGCGCGUCCUAACUAUGAAGUUCACGACAGACAGCUGA